AUGGUGCGCUCAAGUUCAAACACCUUUCACCUCAUAGGUAUAGCAGGAUUGUCUUUCCUGAUUGUCUUUCUCAUCCGGUGCCUCCAACUGACCUUCGUCGCUGGGAAGAAAAUAUGGCUUCUCUUCACCGACCCUCUCGCGUCUAUUCCCGGUCCGUGGCAUGCCAAGUUCACGGGUGUGGUUCUCAAGACCCAUACCCUCAUGGGUAGACGCUGUUUCUACAUCCAUGACAUGCAUCAACGGUAUGGCGCUGUGGUGCUGAUAGCCCCUGGAGAAGUCGACAUCAGUGACUUGGAGGGCUUCCGCGACAUCCACCGGAUCGCCAGUGGGUUUCAGAAGACGGACUGGUAUACCAAGUUCACCCCCGGCAUGGAGAGCAACGUUUUCGCCAUGGUGGACCUCCAAGAGCAUGCCGCACGCAGAAAGGUGCUUGCACGAGGAUUUAGCAACUCUUCACUGCAAGCAAACUUUCAACAUGUCGUGAAGGAUCGAGCCAAGCUUGCAGUGGAACGCAUCAAGAGUGAAGUGGCCCGCGGCGAUUGCGAUAUCCUCAAGUGGUGGACACUGAUGGCGUUGGAUGUGACGGCACAAGUUGCUUUCGGAAAGCGCUCUACCAUGCUCGAGUCCGGCAAGAAAACAGAGUACACCGAGAAUGUGUCGCUGAUGGUCGAGGCCACCGGCAUCCGAGCCGAAGGCCAGUUCUUUUACAGCCUUGUUAGGCUAUUCGCGCCUUCAACAUACGUGAAGUAUGAGGCUUCGCUGAAGAACGUACCUUUAUACGGCCUGCGUGCGGCCCGGGAAACGUUAUCCACCAAGCUUGAGACUUUUAACCUCAUCAGCGGCAUGGUGAAGGAAAGCACGGCCGAAGACAGCAAAAUCAGCGAGUUUGGGUUGGCCUCCCAAGCCACCGCCAUCAUUAUAGCAGGGUCGGACACGACGGCGACGACACUCACCUACGCAGUGUGGGCUGUCCUCUCACGGCCCGAGGUUCGCCGUAAAUUGGUGAAGGAGAUUUCGAAGCUUCCGGAAGACUACAGUCAGACCGACCUUGAGGGUCUGAGCUACUUGAACGCUGUCCUCACGGAGACUUUACGCCUCUAUGGAGCUGGACCGGGCUCCUUGCCGCGUGUGCAUCGAUCAAAAGAACUUGUGGUUGGGCAGUAUGUCAUCCCCCCCGGUGUAACGUUGACCACCCAAGCGUGGACUAUUCAUCGGGACCCGGAGAUCUUUCCCGAGCCUGACAAAUUCGAGCCCGAUCGUUUUGUUCGAGGUGGUCUCCAGGGUCAGCAGAAGCUGGCCUUCCACCCCUUCGGGGCAGGCACUAGAAUAUGUCUGGGCCUGCACCUGGCUUAUAUGGAGUUACGAUAUGGUCUGGCCGAGUUCUUCCGUCAAUGUCCCGAAAUAGAACUCUCAAGCAAAACAACUCCGGAGUCGAUGAGGAUGGUGAACUAUUUCUUGGUCGCUCCAAAAUCAAAGCAGUGUAUCGUCACAAGUAGUAGAUAG